UUUUGCCACUUGGAGGCGUCAACGCGUUAAUAUCUCGCUUUGUCGAAGUACCCAAGGGCUGUAGAGAUCGCGGGGCCAGCAGAGGCAGCAGAGGCGCGGAGGGGCGGAGGUGUCAGAGCUGCUUCAACUGCCUUGAGUGUGCGAUGGCGUGUCUACAUGACGAGAGUGGUGGCAGCGGCAGUGGGUACGAUGACAUUAGCGAAGACGAAGACGUCAACAGAUCGCUAGUGGAUAUAUGGUGGGGGAAAAGCGAUUCGGCUUAGAGCCAUAUCUGUACGAUCCUUCGGCAUCGUCGUCCGCUACAGACGAGGAGUCGUCCGACUCUCCGGAAACGCCAGGCUGGCCAGGCAGCCCACAUCCACCAGCAGCCCGGCGCGUCGGCACGGCGAAUUGGUGCUCCUGUGGCAGCGUCUGCAGACCAAUGCAGACAGUCGAGGAGUCGGUGUGCUGCAGGGAGUUGCACAAUGUGGUGCGUAUGUGCAGUGACCAGGGGGUGCCUUGUGUAACAAAGCACCCCUUGUUCGAGCUGUAUUGCCUAAACACCGACAUCUUGGACCUAGAGUACCUCAAGCUCCGGUACUUCUGCCCUCUUGAUGCAGGAGACAGGGGCCCACAAGAGAGGCACCGCUACACUGCCUACCGGCAAUUCACUUGGUGGGUUCACCAUAAGCUGGGGCGCGGUAACCGGGUGCCACUGCCCAGCUGCGCCGUGCAAAGAAUUCGACGAGAGUUCCCAUCCACUGAUGGAAGUUAUGUCGGUUUCAAGAAAUAAAAGGUAUCUGCCAUAUAAAGAACUCCUUUACAUCAUGCUAUAACUGAUGUGGCUAGACAAAAACGGCCUGGAAUCAACACACAUUUAUUAUACAACACAAAACCAGAACAGGGUGAUGUAGGUCGAAUAUACAAGAUGGUCCGUUUCCGUAUUGUACUGAAAAAUAUACUUCUUGCAACACAUCUUGACCUUUCUCACUGAGUCUGGUUCUGCUGCAAGUCCUCCCAUUACCUCGGUUCAAGUGCGCUUCCCAUGUCUGUUACCAACAAAUACUUGAUCACCAAUUGUUGCAGAAAAUUUUACUAAUUUUCACGUUUUGCUCAGUCAGGAACAGAAAGGCACCUGGAAACACAUUUGUACUAACUUCAUGG